AUGGUUGAGGAUUCAAGAGUUAGAGACGCUAAAAGAAAUGGUGAAGAACGUGCAUUACCUGCAUCUUUAGUUCCAGAAGCACCACCUGUGCUGACAUCUCGUGAUAAGAACACCAAAAGACUAAUAGUCGUAUUGUCAGAGGCCUCUUUAGAGACACAUAAGCUUUCUUCGGGACCCGGAGGUGAUAAAUAUGCAUUAUUGAAUUGUGACGAUCAUCAAGGUAUCUUGAAAAAAAUGGGUAGAGAUAUUAGUGAAGCAAGACCGGAUAUUACUCAUCAAUGUUUAUUAACAUUGUUAGAUUCUCCAAUUAAUAAAGCUGGUAAAUUACAAGUUUAUAUCCAUACAAGUCGUGGUGUCUUAGUUGAAGUGAAUCCAUCAGUACGUAUACCUAGAACUUUUAAAAGAUUCUCUGGGUUAAUGGUACAAUUAUUGCAUAAAUUAUCAAUCAGAUCAGUAAACUCAGAAGAAAAACUUUUGAAAGUUAUUAAAAAUCCAAUUACAGAUCAUUUACCAACAAAAUGUCGCAAAGUAACAUUAUCAUUUGACUCUCCAGUAGUUCGUGUGCAAGACUAUAUUAAUAAAUUAGAUGAUGAUGAAUCUGUUUGUGUAUUCGUUGGUGCAAUGGCUCGUGGUAGAGAUAAUUUUGCUGACGAAUUUGUUGAUGAAAAGAUUGGUUUAUCUAAUUAUCCAUUAUCAGCAUCUGUUGCGUGUUCAAAAUUCUGUCAUGGUGCAGAAGAUGCAUGGGGGAUUCUAUAA